AUGUCAGUCCUUGGAAGGCGUGGGGCAAACGAGCUCCGAGCCGUGACUCAAAACACAAAGACAGCAGCCAUACGGCCAUUCUCAAUUCUAAAUCGCCCGGCACCAAACUACCCCGGCCAUGUCCCCUUGACUACGAUAGAACGCGGAGCUCUCGCAGUAGGAUCGGCAGUUGGGUCACUGAUUAAUCCUAGAAGAGCGGAUCUCAUUGCAGCGCUGGGCGAAGCAACUGCGACACCAUACUUUAUAUACCGACUACGCGAUGCCAUGCUCUCAGACCCAUCAGGGCGCCGCAUUCUCCGCGAUCGUCCCCGCAUCACCUCCGAGACCCUCAGUAUGCCCCAUCUCCGCACUCUACCCGAGAACUCCGUCGGGCGAACGUACGCCAAGUGGCUAGACCGCGAGGGAGUCUCGCCCGACACCCGAGAUAACGUCCAGUACAUCGAUAAUGAAGAGUGCGCAUAUGUCAUGCAGCGGUACCGCGAGUGCCACGACUUCUACCACGCGGUGACUGGACUGCCGAUUUUCGUUGAGGGCGAACUGGCUCUGAAGGCGUUGGAGUUCUUGAACACGCUACUGCCCAUGACCGGAUUGAGUUUGUUCGCCUUUAUCCGGAUGAAGCCCGCGGAAAAAGAACGGUUCCUCUCGUUACAUCUUCCAUGGGCCAUUCGGAGUGGACUGCGAAGCAAGGAGCUCAUCAAUGUGUACUGGGAGGAGGUCCUCGAGAAGGACGUCGAUGAGCUUCGGGCCGAGUUGAAUAUCGAGCGUCCGCCCGACCUUCGCGAUAUUCGGAAGAUGAUCCGACAGCAGCAGAAACGUGAGAAGGAACAGCAGCAGCAGGCUGCAAGCUGA